AUGAUGAAUUCCGUUUGGAGACCAAUUCAACGAGGACUUGGUUUUGGUCAACCAACUCCUCCUACUAGGUCGGCUUGGGGUUUUAUUAAAAAAAUUCUCAAUGAUCGAUCAUUAGGUUUUGGUUCAUUACUUGCUUAUACUUUUAUAAUCGCUCUUUUACCAUUAGCAACUGCAGCUUUUGGUAUAUUUGGACUUGUUUUAAGUGAAGAUUCAAGUGCUAAACAAUCAAUUAUUGAUUCAAUUAUGAAUUCCUUACCAGAUAAUGCUACAAAAGCUGCUGUUGGACAGGUAACACAAUUAGCUGCUGAUAAUCUUUCAAGUGAUGCGGGUGGAAUUCUUGCUAUAGGUAUUAUAUUAUCAAUUUGGGGUGGAUCUCGUUUAUUUGUUGCACUUGAUGAAGUUAUAACAAUAUUUUAUCGUACACCUGAUCGUCCAUUUGUAAAAAAAAAUUUAAUAGCUAUUGGAAUGCUUAUUUUAUUUAUAAUACUUAUUUUAUUAAUUAUUGUUGCAAGUGGUGCACCCUCUUUUUUAAUUAACGCAUUACCAAAUCAAAAUGGUGCACAAUUUGGAAUAUUUGUUGCUGGUAUAGUUUUAUCAAUUGCUAUGGCAUUUCUCUUAUUUUUAGCAAUUUUUUUAAUUGUACCAAAUAAAAAAAUGAAAUUUAAACAAGCUUGGCUUGGUGCAUUAUUUGCAGCAAUUUUACUUGAUAUAUUUUUAAUUCUAUUUCCAUUAUAUAUACGAAGAUUUAUGGGCUCAUUUAUUGGUUUGAUUGGUUUUGUAGUUAUUCUACUGACGUUUUUUUAUUAUUUUUCACUUAUCGUUAUUUUGGGUGCACAAAUGAAUGCUUAUUUUCUUGAACGUAUACAACCAUUACCUGACGGUUUAGGUACGUUCUUAAGUCGAGCUGUUGGUAGAAUGCCAAGACCAGGACAGGCAUCUCGAAUGAAUUAUUAUCCAUCGGCUAGGACAGGACCACGACCAAGACCAUCUCGAUAUUAUUAA